UAUGACAGGAUUCUAUACUGAAAAUACACAAGCCAAAAAUAAUUGUGUGUUGAGCCUGGCAAUAGAGCGUCUGAGACCAGAAACUGUGGUGGGAUCUUCUAGCAUCAUGCCUUUACCAAGGCGCAGAUCUUCCAUCUUGGGGCAACAGCACCACUACACCUCUUCAGAAUGUUCAGGUGCAACCAACCGAGUCUUUUGCAUUGCACCAAGGAAUCCUGGGGUAUAUGUAGGCAGUGCUCUAAGUAGUGGAACCAGCAGCCUUGGUACACGAGUGUCUCGACGGGCCUUGGGCAUCAGCAGUGUUUUCAUGCAAGGACUGCGCAGCUCAGGCCCUCCUGUUCCAGCAGCUCAAGGUCUGGAUAAAGGAAGAGUCCCAACAUUUGAGUCUCUGAAUAGCUGCCUUCUUGAGUACAUAGACAAAGUGAGGGCUUUAGAGCAGGUGAACAGAGAGCUGGAGGACCAUAUAAGAGUCUAUCUGGACAAGAAGUCUUCAACUGUGAGCAGCUGGGGGACUCUCAGGGAUAAAUGGGAAAGUAUCUACUAUCAAGUAGGAGAUGCUGUCCUUGAAAAUGCACGACUGAUGCUUCAAACGGAAAAUUUACAAGCCUGUGCUGAGGACUUCAAAGAAAGGUAUGAGAACGAGCAGCCAUUUCGAAAGGCAAUUCAGGAGGAGAUCCGGUCUUUGUACAAAGUGAUAGAUGAUGCAAACUUGACCAAAAAGGAUCUUGAAAGUCAGAUAGAAAGCAUGAAGGAAGAUCUGGCUUCUUUGUCAAAGAAUCAUAAGGAGGACGUAAAGAUGCUGUAUAAACAGUUGGCUGGAUUUCAGCUAGAAGAAAUGGAUGUGCCAAUUGGUACUGGACUUGAUGACAUCCUGGAAACCAUAAGGAUCCACUGGGAGAAAGACAUUGAGAAAAACAGAGCUGAGACAGGUGUCCUUCUGCAAACAAAAUCAGUCGCACUGCCAGCUGCACAAGAUGAGGUGGAGGAAUUGGCAGAAAAUCUAAAGGAAGAGUUUCAUGACACCACCUGUAAAAUCCAGAGCUUGCAAGCAGAGACAGAAUCACUAAGGACAUUGAAAAGAGGCCUGGAAAAUGCUCUGCAUGAUGCUAAGCACUGGCACGACAUUGAACUACAGAACUUAGGCUCAGUGAUUACCAAGCUGGAAGCAGAGUUAGAAGAGAUCAAAAUGGAAACUGAACAUCAGGAGAGGGACAGAGAGCAGCUGGUAGCCAGCAAGAUGCAUCUUGAAAAGGAUAUAGCAGCCUACCAUGCUAUCCUGGAUGGAGAGGAAAACAGAUGAAUUUCAAGAUGCAGCCAGUCCGACAAAUCACUGAACUUCAUGCUAAAUUAUUAGUAAAUAAAAAAUGUUCCAGAAGGUAGUGUUUGCUAGUGCCUUUCCAUAACUGGGAACCCACAGGGGCCUUUAUUUUAUUUGUGUGGAAUUCAUUUGAUAAUUUGUUUAAAGACCAGGAAAAAAAUGCUUAAAUUCACUAAUUUUUGUUUUGCUGAAGAAAAAAGGAAAAAAAAAAGGAGUUUGGCGUGAUACAAUAUGAUCUAAUGUAACCAGGCAAUUAAAAAUGAUUUUGUCUGAA